AAUCUCUCUGUCUCUCUCUCUGUCUAAAAUGAUUUAUUAGUUAUCAGGGAGUUCUUGAAUUCUCGUCCUCUUUGGAUAUUUCUUUCUCUGAAUUCUUGGCUGAUGUAGUUUUCAGGGGUUUUGAAGUGGUGAUUACCUUGAAAAAUCGAUUUGGAUGUUCGAGAUUGUUCGAUUUUGAUUAGGUAUUUGAAAUAAAUGAGUUUGGGUUUGGUUUUGUUCCUCCCCUUGAAUCUCGUGGUGAAGAUCUUCAGAUUCAGUGGAAGAAAUUGUCCGCUAUUCAUGUCUGGACUCGAAGAUAUGCCGGAAAAUUGCGUGGCUCUGGUUCUGAUGCAUAUGGACCCGCCGGAGAUUUGCAAAUUAGCCGGAGUGAACCGACUUUUCCGCGACGCUGCUUCGGCGGAUUUCGUAUGGGAAUCGAAGUUGCCGUCUAACUAUCAGUUUCUGAUCGACAAAGCACUGGAGUUCGAGGAGAAAGAUAAAGCUAUGAUGAAUUUGAGGAAGAAAGAUGUUUAUUCUAGGCUUUGUAAACGAAAUCCCUUAAAUGGCGUCUCGAAGGAGUUUUGGCUCGACAAGAGAACUGGAGGCUUAUCAAUGGCGAUUUCUUGGAAGGCAUUGACGAUUACUGGAAUUGGUGAUAGGAGAUAUUGGAAUCAUAUCUCAACUGAUGAAUCUAGAUUUCAGUCGAUAGCUUAUCUUCAACAAACAUGGUGGUUCGAGGUGAAGGGAGAGCUGAAGUUCCAGUUCCCAGAAGGAAGAUAUGCAGUGUUCUUCCGGCUUCAUCUCGGCAAACCGUCGAAGAGACUCGGUCGUCGGAUCUGCCUGAUGGAUCAAGUCCAUGGCUGGGACGUAAAGCCAGUGAGGUUUCAGCUGACGACAUCCGAUAAUCAGCACACCGAGUCACGGUGCUUCUUGGGCAGUCCUGGGAACUGGGUGAACUACCAUGUGGGAGAUUUCACCAUUGAAAGUGGCAGCAGCAGCAGCAACAUGAUGAAGCUCAAAUUCGCAUUGACUCAGAUUGAUUGCACUCACACCAAAGGAGGCCUCUGCCUAGACUCUGUGCUCAUACAGCCUAAAGAUUUUGUAGCUAAAAACAACAGGUAAAAUAUCGAACCUCUUGCGGCCUUUUAGACGACACGGUUUAUCUGAAAGAGUGCCUUUCUUUACUCGACAAACUCGGGAUGGCUUGGAAGCCUGAUGGGGCUCUCGAGACCAGCACUCCAAGUCUCCGAGCCUCCUUCGAGUCGAUUGGUGAAUCGGGAGGUCGGUCACUCACUUGUCGUAGCAAUGCUUGGUUUUUCCAAUUUUCAGACAUGUUUUGUCUGAAAGUUUUGGUGUCAUUUUAUGUUUUUGAAACCUCCAAAUGAACCAAAUAGGGAUUGAAAUGUGCAAAAAAAAAAAAAAAAAAAAAAAAAA